AUGAAUGGUGUGACAGGGACAGUAGUUCACACAAACUCAUUGAAAAGAUGGGGUCGUAAAGUACAUUUGGUGUGUGACUGUAACAACUGUACUGUAAUACCCACUGUGGAUGAAUGCAUUUGUUGCAAGGAAGUUGGUCAGGUUGCAGAAAAGAUUGAAGAUGGGGACCUUGAUUGCAUAACAGACCAUGAGUGGUUCACUGGAAACUGUCUAAAUAGACAUGUCAUUGAGGUCUCUUUGUAUGGCUUUGUUGAAAGGCAGGGACCAAUAUUAUAUAAAUAUGUUGCGUACAGACGAUUCACUCGUUGGAUCUGGCAUAUUCUUGGUAAAAAAAUAAGAAAGGUGAUACCAGCAUGUUCAGUAUUAAAAACUCGGGAGGCAUUACCGUCUGAGGACUUUACUUAG